CGUCAGCGAUAAAAAGGGCUUCGGACACAAUUCUGACGGAGUUGCUCGCGACCAAUGAAACUAUACUGUACGCGAAACAAGUGUUCAUCUUUCGUCUUGUCAAAUUCAUCAGAUACUUUGAAACGUGAAGCAUUUUAUAAGCACGAUGGCCAAGAUCUUUCUACUGGUUCUUGUGGGCUGCGUGGCUAUCGAGGCGGCCGUUAUAACGCGGAAAUAUAAUCCGAUGGAAAACAGCGAAAGGAAGCUGGAGAUGGAUAUUUUAAAUGCCAAAAAACAAGCCAUCGGCAUAGGGACAGACAUUGGAAAAGCAGUUGUCGAUACAUCGACUGACUUAACUGCCAGAGCUCUUAAAAUCAAAAAGGAAAAAGUUCGUUUCGCAGGAAAUAUCGUAAACGAGGUUAAGAAAGCCGGAUUCCAAGCGGCGACUGGUUUGACGAAAAUGACUAGAGUGGUUGUUGAGGGUGGCGGGGGUAUCAUCUCAGAGAGUGUUAAUUUUGGAUUCGAUGCAGUUAAUGGAGGUGUCUCACUGGGUAUCGAAGCAAUCAAGGCCACUGGAAAAAUUGGUAGCAUCGUUGUAAACAUGGUGAGUGGAACAGGAAUUGGUCUGAAAAAAAAGUUGGAGGCGGUAUGAAGCGGGUUUAUGACGUGUUUAAAAUCGUAAAUAUUCAAUCAACAUGUUAUAUUUGAACUCAUUAACCAAAAUUCUAAAUUAUUGUUCUUUCAUUCUCAGGUUGUGGAUUCUGGUACCAAAUAGUUUGAUCGAUUAAUUUUGCACCUGGUAAAACGACAACAAGGUUUACAUUACUAAUUAACAAGAAUAUUUCUACAACUUAUAAUAUUUUUUUUUUUCAAUCAUAAGCGAAAUAGAUUUUUAUCCCGCUUGACUUAAAUAGGUCACUUAAAUAGGUAAACGCAGGAUAAAUUAUUCUCAUCGAUAUUUCAAUUGUCGCCGAUGUUAUAUUAUUUGUUACCUAUCAAUGAAUAUUGUUAAAAAAAUGAUUGUAAUGUAUAACGAACUAAAAAAGAUUCACACUCGUAAAAGUAUUCUGAAUAUCCUAUAAAGUUACCAGAAAAAAAGACGAUCGCAGGCUCGGGCUGCUCGAGUUCUGAAGAUUUUAUAAAUCGAUAUAUAGUAGAGGAAAGGAAGCGAAUUUGGAAAAAAAAUAAAAAAUACGUCAACUUAAAGUAUUCUCUGAAGUACUGUAAUUAUUUAAUUAUUAAAGAAACAAAUUUUGAAAAUUUUCGAAAACAAUUGGAAACGCUAUCGCUCCUGUAAAGACUCUCUGGCAACGACUCGUCAUAACAUAAAUGUACUUGUCUCAGAGUCGCUGCCGCGACUCUAGAUACAAAAAAACGUGUAUAAUGCUAUCCCAAAUUAGCUGCACUUACUCUACCUUUCAAUGUAAUAUUGUAUUUAAAUAGUAAAAAAAUACAUAAAUUAAGGCAAAACAUGAAC